UUGCUCACGUAUAAUCAACUAAGUUUCAGUUAAGGACGAUCAAUCGUCAAUCUUUUUCUCAUUCACGAAGAAAGGAGCUUCUUUAUCGCGCUCCCGCAAACCCGAGCGUCCAGUCGAACUAUAAACGUCAGUCCAGCGUGCACGAGUCAGUCAGAUAGUCAAUCUUGGAGCAGUUUGGAUUUCUGUGUACAACGAGAAGAAAAAAGAAAUAAAACAAAUCGUGUACGACAAGUAUCAGCGUGGAGGAAAAGUCAAGCGGGUAAACAUUUGUGUUUUCUAGUGUUUCACAUCUGGGAAAUUUCAAAGCGAUUCGUGGAUCACUGAAAAUUAAUUACGUUCAUAAAGGUAAACUUUGCCUGUUGAUGUUUAAGAAUGCAUAUGAAUUUAGAAAUCAUUGAAACUCGAGAUGACGAGUUCACAAGAACAAGUUGCAUGCUCUUCUUUCGAUCUUCAACCUAUUCUUUAGUACGCUCAUAAAAAAAACUUGUCAGACUAGUCUCAUUAUACACGCACACACACGCAUACACAUACACACACCCUCACACCCAUACAUACACGCGCGCACACACACACACGCACACACACGCACGCACACACACACACAUCGAAAAUAACUUGUAUCUCAUCCAAAUACAAGGAUUCGCUGCAGAGGAAAACUAUCAAUUUUUUUAUUAUCAACAAACGAUAUGUUUAAGUAGCGCGUGUUUGAGUACCGAGAUAAAAAUGGGGAGUAAUAUUUGAAUAAGUUCAUUGAUAAUGUGUAAAAAACAGCACCUCUCGGCAAAAUAUAAGCCUUUGUAUUACGUAGCAUAGCCUUGGCGUUUCCAUUCCAAUUGAGUAUAAUUGUAAGUUAAAGAACAGAGUUGUGUAUAUCCGCGCCAAGCGAACGUUCUUUGGAAUCUUACAAAAUAAUCAUGGUCGAAGAGAUAAAUUGAUAUACUUGAUCACUUAACAUGAUGCAAUUUCUUUAGAAGGCAAUAACUUAUCUUGGAGAAUAAUGAUAAUGUGAUGAACGAGUGACCGCUAUUAUGGAGUGGAUUUACGAAAGUCUUAAAAUUUUCGCGCUUUUCUUAACGACUCUCUGGUUUUUCACAUGGCUAUGCGAGAGCCGCAAUGGAUCAGGUUGGCUGUUCGCAUUGAGGCGGCAAUUGGCUUUCCAAUGGAUUUUAAUGAGGCAGAAGGUCGCGUCAAGAGCAACUUCUUCUUCCAGUAGUAUGAUGAGAACGCUUAUUGAUGACGUCUCUGAUCUGAAACACGACACAAACAUUAUAAGCUAUUACGGAACAGACCAGAGGCAUAAUCACUUGUUUAUUAGAAUUAAUCAUCGGCUAAAAAAGCCCAGUGAGCUGGUACUUUUUUUAAGGCUGGACGAUGGGCGCACUUAUGAAUUACCUGAUCACCCUAAUACAGUCAUAAGUGACAUAGAAAACUCAACUUGGUCGGCUACUGAUUUAAAAAUACACGUGCUGCAGUCGACAAAACGCACGCGAAUUUUAUUUAACGGGCUUCUUAGAUUGGGUAAUCGAAAGGAUAUUAAUUGUGAUAUCGAUGUUGACGUUCAACACAUACGUUUGAAUUGCAUCUUCAUCGCAAAUACCAAGCCGUAUUUUCAGAAGGAGUAUUGGAGUACAAAUUUAUUAACCGAAACAUUAGCACAUAGUUCUUGGAAAAAAUCAAAAUGGAACGAUUUUCUCAACAAAUUGGACGUCGAUCAAAUCGACCAAUAUGGUUCGAUAAUGGCUCAAGUAACAUUCGAAGAUUCGUCUAUCAGGCAGCUAUAUUUGCGAGGAAUGAGAACUUCUCAAUGGGGAAAAUUUGAUGCUAUCUAUUUUGAAAGAAACUUUUGUAUCACGGGUACUGACACCUUGGGAAUUUCAUUCCAUUUGCGAUUGAGCAAUCUUAAGGAUGACGUUAAAAAUAUACGUUUAGGUCAUGUGAAAAAUCACGAGGAUAAUUUACAUCCCAUCCAAUCGAUGAAUUUUGAUGUUGACGAAUUCAUGAAUCGUUACAAUAACGGAUUUGACGAAUACUCAUUUCAAUUUUCAGCUGGCAAAAGAAAAUACGAAGCACUCAUUAAAUUACACAGGGAAACCCUAAAAACUUUUUACGGCGGCUCUCCUUGGGAUUCUCAGUAUAUUUUUUGCCGAUUCGAAUUAAAGCUGAAUAAUAUUUCUGGUGUCGGAAUGAUACAAUUAUGUGAGCCAUUUGUCGGACCGUGUCCUAUAAAUAUUCCCUCUCCCAAAAAAUUAACUCUAACGAGCAAGCCAGCUGCUGAUAAACAAGUCUAUACACUACUUUUCGAGGAUCAACGGUGUCGGAAUGAAUGUCUGGUCGGUGGUAAGGGAGCAUCACUUGCUGAACUUACUGCAAUCGAAACCACAAAGUUUAUAGUACCCAAAGGAUUUUGCAUAACAACAAAUGCACUAGAUGCGCAUAUCAAAUGUCACGCAAACUUGACGGAAACGAUUGACGAAUUCGUCAAAGUUUGUUGUGAGGAAAAAGCAGGAGAUACAAAAGAACGCACUCAGAAAGUGAUAGCUGUAUUGCAAAGUACUCCGAUGCUGCACGCAGUCCAAGCUGAAAUUUUAAGAACAUUUGAAAUGUUAGAUUCCAAGUCUACAUACGCGGUGAGAUCAAGCGCGGUGGGUGAAGACAGUGAUGACACGUCUGCAGCUGGACAAAACUCGACGUAUCUUGGUAUCGAAAGUGUCGACAAAGCCAUUAUGUACGUCACUCACUGCUGGGCUAGUCUGUAUACUCAUCAAAGUGUCGAAUACAGGCGACAGCAUGGACUUCCGAUAAAAGCGUCGAUGGGUGUUUGUGUGCAACAAAUGGUCGAUGCAGAGGCUGCCGGAGUAAUGUUCACGAGGCAUCCAAUCACCGGAAAUCCCAAAGAAAUAUUAAUUACCUCGAAUUACGGUUUGGGAGAGAGUGUUGUGUCCGCCCUCGCAGAUCCAGACACGAUAAUCGUCCAGCGAGACAAGAAGAAUUCACUGACCAUCAAGUCAUCGACGAUUGGGAAAAAAUCACGAAAGGUUACUGUAAAUAGCGACAUCGGUGGUACAGUUCACGCAGACGUGUCCGAAAGUGCAAAAUCCAAGCUAUCGAUUAACGACGAAUUGUCUUUGAAACUGGCUGAGAUCGGAGUGAUGCUUGAUAAGUUGUACAAUGCACCGCGAGAUAUUGAAUGGGCUGUCUCAAAAGGCCAGAUCUACUUGUUGCAGUGCAGACCUGUGACUGCAUUGGACGCUUGGACAGAAUUUGAGCUUAUACACGAGUUAGGUGGAGGUGUCCCAAGUGAUAGCGAUAUUCUGACUCUCGCUAAUGUAGGCGAAGUUUUACCAAUGGUUGCGACGCCCUUGACCAUUAGUACUAUUAUUCACGCUCUUAACAUUUCCGUAGAAAGUAGUAUAGAAAGGCGUCUUAUGAGCGAUAACUAUAAACAUGGCAUGUUUAUUGUUAAUUCCAAAUGCUUUCUUAAUUAUGCGAAUUUUUUCUUGCGAUACGUUGAGGAGAGGAUAACGCUCGGUAGUAAAGUGAUGGAAAUCGCGGUGUGCGGUCACACUGUGAUUACGCCGGAACUCAAUGAAUUAGGAUUAAAGCGAAACGGUGGUCCUGCGGGAAAACGAGAUCGACUAAAACUUCUGUGUGAAAUGGGUGCCGAUCUUUGGAAUAACUCGCGAGCUGUCAGACAAGCCAACGAGACCAUCGAACGAUGUAGAAUGAUUUCAAAAACGAUGCCAGGCCUAUCAGCCAACCAAUUACAUAAACUGUUGGGUGACAUAAUGUCUGAGCACGUUAACCUUACAAUGCUUCAUACCCAUACCACCAGGUGCAGUGUCUUCAGUCAAGUAUUAAUGCUGUCGAUACUCUCCGAGGGCAAUGAGCAACUUUCGAUGGAGCACUACUCAGAUAUCGCUGUGUUGCUUGGCUCGUGUAGCGACGUUAUUAGCGCGCAAGUGCCAUUGACACUCAAACAGAUAACGCAGACAAUCAAGGAGAACGAUUUGAGCGAGGACUUUAAACAAGUCAAUCCCUCGGAAGCACUUUCCUGGCUACUAACCCACUGCCCGAAAGUUCACAACCAAGUCCAGAAAUUCAUCGAAAUCCAUGGCCAUCGAGGAAUCGAAGAGUUCGAACUCAUCACGGAAACUUGGGGUAUGAAACCCGAAAAGUUUCUGUUAAUCGUCCAGUCGAUGUUAGAUUCCCCUACCGACAACAACACUAAAACCAGUGAGCUCAGCCCGAGAGAAACAGUAGCUCUUCUCAAAACACCUCGUAAGUCGAGCACACGGUGGGUGAUGGCGAUGUUGCUACCAUGGAUGCGACGCACAGUUUCACAGAGAGAGCACACCAAGUGCCUUCUAAUUGAAUUGGUGCAUAUAAUGCGUAUGGGUUAUCGUAAAUUGGCGGAAAUGCUCGUGCAAGAAGGCACUCUACCCGAACAAGAACUCGUAUUUUUCCUCACGCGCGAAGAGCUUGCCAAGAUCGUUCGCACUCCUUGUCCUAGCUUAAUAAGAAAGGCUGUGAGACGCAGAAAGCUCAGACCUAAGCUGCAAAAAUACAAAUAUAAUGAAAUUAGUUAUGGAAUGCCAAAACCUAUCAAGCUAACGAAACUGUCAACAUUUAGUGGCGGAGCCCGUAUUCAAGGGACCUCGGUGUGUAACGGUGUGGCAACAGGUCGAGCUUGUGUGGCUUUAAGCCUUAAAGAAGCAGCACUUAUUCGAUCCGGAGAUAUUCUUAUAACUCAGGCAACCGACAUCGGCUGGAGUCCGUAUUUCCCAUUGCUCGCAGGUGUCGUCACCGAACUUGGUGGUCUGAUUAGCCAUGGUGCCGUAGUUGCUAGGGAAUAUGGCUUACCAUGUAUAGUUAGUGCUGAAAAUGCCACGAGGAUCUUUACAACUGGUGACACUGUCACGCUGAACGGAUAUGCAGGCACGAUAGAAUUUUCGGAAGCAAUGCACCGUGAAAAACCUUAAUUAAUAUUGUUAUGAAGCACUGUUUUGUUGAUCGUUAGUAUCAAUAUUGUUAAGUUUUGAUGAAUGGUUUUAAUUGUAAAAAUAAAACUGCAUUUGCUUUUCUAUUGGUAUAUCCAGCAAUAUCGUAAUAUAUUAUAAUAGUUGUUUCA